AGUAGUUAGCAUUGCCAGAAGAUGGCGGUUGAGAAGAGUUUACGUAGCCGUAUUGGUUAAAUAUUGAAUUAUGAACUAUAUUUGCAAGACACUGAAAUACCUGCAAAUUGCGUCCUUAAUUCCUUACGUGCAUCGGGAGUGCAGUGUAAGGAUUGGAAUAUACUGUACCUGCAAAGUGACAAGAACACAAUGUUAGGUUGAUGUUGACAGCAGACAGUAUCAAGGGAACAAGAGAUAAUUCAUUAGAAUGAAAAGUAAAUUGUGCAGAGUGUAGCAGAAUUAUGGUAUUUGCUGCAGUAAUCGUAAUGAAAUUAUUCAGUAUCAUUUGCCUGGAGGGCCUGAGGAAAACUGAGAAUUACUUCAGUCAGGAUAGCUGGUCUGCAGGCUGAGAUUUCAGUAAAGGACUUCUUGAAUAUGAGACUGGGAUGCUUUCAACUUGACCUUGACAUUCUGUGUUACUGUAUUAUUUAAAUUAUAGGUUAUGUUUAGUCUGAUAUAUAGCUUGAAAAUGAUUAGGCAAUAACAGAACAGAAUGUACUUGUAUUUCAUAGAUCCUUCAUAGGCUUAAGCCAAGGAUACAGAAAAUUUCAAGUAUAACACAUGUUUCUAAUACAAAUAUAAAUUGCAUAGCUAUGGCAGUGAUUUACAGUUAACUACUGUGUUACCACAAAAAUAGUUACACAAUAAAGCAUCACCACAGUUUCUUACAUUUAUUUAUAAUAUUAGUGAAUUUCUGGUUGUGAUAAAUUCUUCUAUGGAGUAGAAACCAUGUUUAAAUUAUGAUCUUGAAUAUGCCAGAAACUCCUUUCAUAUUUACAAACAUCUAUGGAGGCUUAUGGAAGGAAGAAUGGAUUAGCCUUGUGGCUUUUGAUUUCAGUACCGCUACACUAGCUAGCUUGAUGCCAUGGAUCCACUGCUACUGUUUUCUGUGAUAGUGGUGUCCAUAGGAACUGGUGUUGUGGCAACUCUUGCAGUGCAGUGGUAUGUCUUCAACCGCUACAUCAAGUGCCUGCCAUAUGUUGGCCCCCCAAGAGUACCUAUGUCUGGACACUUUCGUCUUCCUCAGAGUUUGGUGGAUACUUUACAAAGCAGUGACAUUCCUAAAAGAGAGAGCUGCUUGGCCCUCAAUCUUUUAUUCCAGUUUCUGUUUAAAGAACUUAGAAAUGCUCAGAAGGUCCGGCGCUGGUUUAGGCACAAGUUGAGCCUAGAAUUUGAAGAAUUACUUACAAGAACUACUACUGGAAAGUUGUUUGAUAGCGUAUCUAUUCGAGAUUUAUGUCUAGGCACUCAGUUUCCAACUAUUAAGAGUGUUAGUAUUAAAGAUGCAGUGCUUCAUCCACAGUAUCAGCAUAUUGAAACAUUGGAGCUCUGCUUAGAUUUAGAGUACUCUGGUGGAUUUCAGCUGUCAAUUGAUGCCAAUUUGGUGUUGGGGAAGGCUGCAUAUCUUUCAGUCAAAGUGAAUCACUUGUCGGGGCAAGCCAGGCUGCAGUUUACACGACAUCCAUACACCCAUUGGUCCUUUAGUUUCUUUGGUGAUCCAGUUUUAGAACUAGAAGUUGAGUCUCAGUUUCAAGGUCGCCCACUUUCACAGAUCACAUCUAUUAUAGUCAGUCAGAUUCGUAAGUCACUGAAGAAGAAGCAUACCCUCCCAAACUACAAACUACGUUACAAACCAUUUUUCCCAAAAUCAGAGCCAGGAGAGGAGGUGGAGGAAGCAACUGCAUGCCCUCCUGGUAACUUGCAAGUGACUGUUAUCGAGGUCACCAGGCUCAUGGCAGAUCUUGUUGUGGGUGACAUCUAUUGCUCACUUGCAGCAGAUUCAACUGCAUGGGUUGAGAUGGUUCAAUCUGAAACAUCAAGCUUUAUAACCCUGGACCUUACAGUCGUUAAGAACCCGUUGCAGCAGCUCGGCAUAGUUUUUAAGCAGGAGUUUAUUGUGGAACGUUAUCAGGCAUGUGUUUUGGUGGAGUCUGUGCUGCCCCAGUCUCCUGCCAGUGCAGCAGAUGUGAGGCAAGGUGACAUUGUAGUCGCUGUGGAUGGGAAGCGUGUUACAUCCAUGGCACAAGCUGCACGUUUCAUUAAGGGGACUGGGGACAAGUUCACUAUGCGUGUGGAAAGACAGCUGAACUUCAGAAUUCAGCAUCCUGAAAGUACACAUAAGGAAGGUCAAAAGCAAGAUGAAGCAGAGCUUUGUCACAUCUCAAACACAGAUGGACGGUUGUCCCUUCCUGGCUCUCCUGUACUUGGCCAUUCUGGACUUCGUCAUCGUAGAGGCUCUGGAGACAAAACAGAGAGUGACAGUAGCAGCUCAAGUCCUGCUUCUAUGCCAGGUUCUCCAGCCAAAAGACCUAGUUUAUUCUGUCGAUCUAGUCCAGAACACAAGCCACCUACACUAUCCAGUAAUAAGAUGAAGGAUUCCAGAUCUUCAAUUGAUAGAGAUGAUGGAGAUGUGGCAACUUCCAACGAUUAUUUGCAAAUCAGCAAGACCAAGGAGGUGCCACACGACCAGAUAGUGUUGUUUGAUGAAUCACUGAAUUUCCAAAUCCAUGAGAACCACCGAUACUUGAACGUGAGUGUGUGGAGUAAGUCUGAAAAUGGCACCAAGCUUGUGGGUCGAGGGGAUCGGGAUGUGUUGCUUGGUCACAUCAGCAUACCUUUAUCAUCCAUUGUUUCUGAAUGCAGUUCAACAAAACUUGGGCACCACAUCAAAAGCUACUUUCUUUUGCCUCCAGAGCCCCACAUGGCCAUAAGCCAUAACCACAAACUAUCAGGGCAUUCAGGGUUUGAACCUUGUCUGUGCUAUGGGGACAUUUUACUAUCAUUUUUGUAUACGGGCCAGACUGUUGUGCCCCCAUCCAGACCAACAAUGAGUCCAGUUAAGCCUGUACCUUCCUCACCCCAGUUGUUGCUUCCAAGACCAGAACAGAGUCAGGAGAUGGACAAGAAGCAACACGACUUCAUAAGGACACAUUUCCACAGGACAACACAAUGCGAGUUUUGUGGCAAGAAGAUCUGGUUGAAAGAUGCUGUGCAGUGUCGGGAUUGUGCCAUGACAUGCCAUAAGAAGUGUGUAGCAAAGUGUCAAGUGGGCACAGCAUGCACUCCUCAUGGAAGCCAACGACGGGCCUCAGCCCUGCCAGAGGAUGUGGGUCAGUCACGAGGCCUGGAACUGUUAGUACCACCCGCUCAGGCAAGACGUGCAUCAGCUCAGCCAGAGAUAAUCACAACAGCAGCAGAUGAUGGAGACCGCACUCCUCAGGGCCAACUCCGUGGGAUCGGUAGUUUGCUGGCAUCAGUGGCAAGUGCAGCUCAGGCUCGCAGUCUGAAGCGGGUUGGUUCAGCAAACAAUCUGGCCCCACCCACCAUGGCUAACUCUAGUCACCUGUCUCGUAGCCUCCCUCCCUCCCCGCAGCAUUCGCCAUCAGGCAGUCGUAAGGCAUCCCUUGUUGGAAACCCAUUCCAAUUCACACACUUGUUGCUAGACAAUGAUGCUGGAGAUGAUGUUUCAGCAGCACUGGACCAUCUGUUGCAACAUCCCAAUGAUGAUGACCUCAUGUCUAUAGCUAAAUCAACUGGUAAAGAACUGUACUCUAACCUGUCACCCCCACAACGCAAAGACAGCAUAAACAAGAUGAUCAGCAAGUUGAAAGCGUCUAUAGACACAGAGACACAGCUGCGUAUGGAACUGGUCCAGAAGGAACAGGAAACCAAAGACCCAUCAGAGCACACAAGAAUAGCAUUUCUUAUUGGCAAAUCAGAUGAGAAAGUCCAGGCUUUGGCUGUGCUCAUGCUUCACUUCUGUGCAGGCUUGCAGCACGCUCAGGAUCAGGAGGAAGCGUCAAAGAAGGAAAUUGACUCAAGAUCAGGAGAUGAUAUGUCAAUGGAAUCAAGUCAGUGAUCUGUCAGCAGAAGAACAAGGACAGGUGUUGACAACCUUCAUUCAUUCUUAUGGAAUGGUACUGUGAGUAGUAGGUUUAUAGGCUAUAGUAGUAUUUCUCAGCCAAUGGUUCACAGACUGGCAGUGAUCUUUGGCUCAAUCUGUGCAUUUCUCUGAACUGUUAUUGGUGUAUACAAUUGUUAUUACUUUUCUUUACAGCUGUUGAUUUUAUUUCCUUUUGGUACUAAAUAUUUUGUCAUCAUGCAUAAUUUUUAAUUAGAACUAAUUAUGAGGUCUUUGGUUUUAAUACCACAUGAAGGCAGUAAUUUCUCUAUUAUAAAUAAAUUUGUUUACAUGUGUUUGUAAAAUUUGUGUUUGCAGGCUGUUAUUUGUAUUUUAAAGUAUGACAUUGAAUACUAGUCCUUGGAAAAUCCACUGCUGUUUUAUCAAUCUUAAUCAGAAAAGAUUUGGAACCACUGGGCUAAGAUGUAGUCCUGUACCAUUCUUAUUGCCAGGUCUAGUGCUGCAGUCUGGUUUGUAUAAUUACAAGAGACCUCUAUGCUUUAGUUAAGCAGCAGAAAGUAUUUAAAGUCAAUGGCUGCAUCAUCUCUCAGUAUAUAUGUGAAUUACAUGCAAUAGAAAACCAGCCUGUAGGCAUUGUCCAGAUUACACUGUGGCAGGCUUGGCAGAAAAUGCCUAUACUAGCUUCAUUGAUUCAUGUGUUCAUUUACUGGCUGAUGGUUUAUAGUCUCGGAACCAAAAAUAGUUUGAUUUUUAGUCAUCUUUCAAACUUUAUCUCACCACCAUCUAUGAACAAACAGCACAUUGCACACUAAGUAAUAACUGGAAAUAUUUUUCAGUGAGAAUUUUUUUUGUGUUUGUGUGUAGAGAUAGCUGGUUACAUACUAGUCACAGUACGUAUUUCCUUAAGCUUUCUAGGUGUUUAAAAAGUAGGCUUUAUGUCAGAAAUUUAAUUUUUUUGAUAUUAUUUAAAUAAAAUUAUUUUAUAUUGAUGCGUUAUCAUCAUAUACACUUCUGACCCACCAAAGUAUUCACCAGAGUUGUUGCUGAAAUGUGAAACACGAGACCCAGUUUAUGUAUACUGCAAUAAUCUUCUCAGUGUUAUUACAUUCACCACAGUUACUUAUGGGGGAAUAAAAAACAGAGGAAGACAGAAUUACCCUGAUGAUGGAGGCAGUAAGCACUUCUGAAAUGUUGGUAAACUUCUACCAGACUGCAGGGAGCAGUAUCCCAGAAGACAGCCGUCUUUAAGAUGCAAAUGUGUUAUUAAAUAUUGGCUGAAAGUAUUAUUUGCUCAUUGUGUUAUAUUUUAAGCAACUUUAUUUGUAUGUCUGUAUACAUUGACCCUUUACUCCUUCUGUGGUUUUUUCUCUCUAUCAGUUAAUAUAACAAAUUAAUUUCAUAAUGGAAAGUUGGUGCACCUUAUAUCAGAACAAGGAUUGAAAUAUCAGAACUAUCAAAUGGGUAAAUCAUCAGUGAACAUACUUUAUUGUGUAUACAUUUAUUACGGGUUAAAGUUAUUAAUUAUUUUCUUGUUAUUUAUUAUGUUUUAUGUGUUUAUGUUUUUAAUUAUUGGUCUAUUUUUCUGUUUAUUAUUUAUUUGUUAUUUAUUUCUUAUUCAUACAAUUUAUGACACUGUAAUGGGACAAACUCCAAAGUAUUCUUUUUCUGUCUUGCUUGCUGGUUAGUACUCUUAAUCUUUUACAGUUAAUUUGAAUGAGUUAAGAGAAGUAGGUGAUUUCAUACCUUCAAAGCAAUUCUUAAGAUUUUCAGACAUCUAGAGAGGAAAGCAAAUAUCAUAAAUACAUGUUGUGAAAGGUCACGUCUAUCUUGGGUCUUGUAUCACUUGUGCUCUUGGUAAACAGAUUUUGAUGAAUUUUUAUAUUGGGGAAAUCUGAUUUAAAGUAUAGAUACGAAGUCAUUCUUUUAAUUUUCCUCAGUGGCCUAAAUAAACUUUGCUGUUUAUGCUGUUGCAAACUUGCCAUAAAGAAAUAAAUUUCUAUAUUACCUUUUUAUAUAGUGAAUGUUUCUAAGAGAUGUGUUGGUAUGUGCUGUUUGUUAAGGUGGAUUUUUGCACAAAUUUGAUUCCUAAAAUGUACAGUAACAUGACAUUAUGACAUUGGGCCUGUAGUGGUAUCUGAACCCACACAACACCAAAACAGUCAUUGCCUUGCUUGAAGUAUACUUGUGUUUCAAAUCUGGAGACAUCCUAUGAAAAGAGAAGAAGAAAAGUUAACAAAUAUAAAAGGCCUAAAGUGAACUUAUCAGACAAUUGAAAAGUUGGACCACUUGUUGAUCCAUUGUGGCCUCAGUUGUCAAGUAGUCUCAAUUUCAUUGUUUCAGAAUGUCUGUACUUUGUCAUCAAUUUUAAUAUAUUUCUCUUUGAAUUAUAUGAACACGAUGAAUAUAAUAGUUUUUGUAGUCUAAUUCAGUCUUUAGUUUGUCCAGAACAUCUUAAUUUCUUUUGUAGUUUUUGAAUGCGUAUUUUACAAAAACUCAUAUAUUUAAUUUUAUCAGCCAUGAUUCUGAAUUUAUUUAUGCCUUUUUUUGUCCAUGUUGCUGUUGUGUACAAGUGGAGAAAGAAAGGUAUCAUGUUCGUAUUCUUGUUUUCUUCUAAAGCAUUUAACAAGAAAUAAUCAUCCAGAAGUGAAAUUCAUUUUGAAAAUGUGAAAGUGAAUAUGCUCCUAUUUCCUAUGUGUUACUGCAGAAAGUAAGUAAUGAUAGCAGAAAGAGUGAAAUGUGUAAUUUUAAAUUUUGGGCUUCUACUUUGUAGAUACAAAGACAAAUUUACAGGCCAGUGUUUAUCAGGAUAAAAAAAAACAGCAUAAGGGAUCAAUAAUCAUAUGAAUUUAUAGAAUUGUAUUCUGAUUGGUUCUUGAGUGAGAAAAUUACAUAGCGUGGAUGUUAUGCUUUUUAAUCUUCACCUAGUAUUAACAGGAUAAUAAACUCAAGAGCAUUUGAAUCGAACUGAACAUGUAACGUGCAGGACGUACAACUUCAUAUGAAAUUUAUGAAGUCUGAGAUAUGUUUGGGUGAAUCUAAAGAUUUUAAUCUGCUAUGUUUUUUCACCAAGGAAAUGGCCAAUUCCAUCACAUGGUACAAUUGACAACACUGGAUUUAUAAUUGAUAAAGACAUUGGAUUUUGUCUGAAUUAGAACAUUGAAACAUGUUCCAUGAGGUAAUGCCAGAAAUAAAUAAAUCCACUUAUUAGAUA